AAGCAAGGUGACAGCAUGGCAGAUGCAGAGCCUGACGUUGUACAGCCAAUGAAGCACAGUGGGAGUUUUGAAUUUGUUCGUCCAAACUUGUCCGAGGAAAUUGAUGAAGACAAGGAUGAAGGUUUAGUCAUGACUGUAAAACCUAAAGAUUUUUUAAAUCUGGUUCUCUUUGGAAGAAAAGAGGCAGAGAAGACCUCAUCAGGGAAGGCCAUUCUAGGUCAAAUAGAUCUUCCUUCAGCCUCCAACUCAUCAGAGUGUGUUAGAAACCAGGGAGAGGUUCAUGGACGUUGGGUUUCUGUGGUGGAGCUGCCUGCGUUGUGUGGAAAAGCUCAGCAGGAAGUGAUGGAGGAAUCAUUCAGGUGUAUCUCCCUCUGUGAUCCUGAGGGUGUCCACGCCUUCAUCCUGGUCCUACCUGUGGGUCCCCUCACUGAUGAAGACAAGGGAGAGUUACAGACCAUCCAGGACACAUUCAGCUCUAGAGUAAAUGACUUCACCAUGAUCCUGUUCACUGUGGACUCAGAUCCAACAGCUGAAGAUGUUAACUUCAUAGAGACUGAUAGAAACAUCCAGGAGCUCCUUCAGAGCUGUGAAGGAAGAUAUGUUGUUUUCAACGUUAACGAUACACAACAGAUACCCCAACUUUUGGGAAUUGUGGGAAUGACAAGGACAUCUGAUACUAAAACACAAAGUUACACAACAGUAAUGUUUGCAAAUGCCCAAAACGAAAGACUACAGAAACAACAGAAAGAACUAGAAGAACUGAAGACAGAAAAGAUGGCAAGUGAUAAGAAAAAAAACCCAGAGUGUCUAAGGAUUGUCCUGAUUGGGAAAACUGGGAAUGGAAAGAGUUCAUCAGGAAACACCAUUCUGGGGAAAAAAGUGUUCACAUUUGGAUCAAGUCAAAGAUCAGUAACUAAACGCUGUCAGAAAGAGCAAGGUUUAGUCGACGGUCGCCCUGUUGUGGUUGUGGACACUCCUGGUUUAUUUGGAAACAGUUUGUCCCAUGAAGCAGUCAGUGAAGAGCUGGUGAGAUGCACCAGUCUUCUGGCUCCAGGUCCACAUGUCUUCCUGGUGGUGAUUCCAAUUGGCAGAUUUACAGAAGAGGAGAACGAGACUUUAAAACGCAUCCAUGAGGUGUUUGGUAAAAAUUCAGAAAAUUUCACCAUCAUCCUUUUUACUAGAGGAGAUGAUCUGGAGUAUGAGGAGAAGUCUAUUGAAGAAUAUGUGGAAAAGGAUUGUGAGGAACCCUGCAAGAAGCUGAUCAGAGACUGUGGAGGGAGAUAUCAUGUGUUUAAUAACCAUGGGAGAUGGAAUCGAUCACAAGUCAGAGAGCUGAUCAGAAAGAUCGACAUCAUGGUGAGGGAAAAUGGAGGCCGCUAUUACACAAACGAGAUGCUGCAUGAGACCGAAGCUGAGAUACAAAAGAGAAUAGAGAAAAUCCUGAAGGAAAAAGAAGAAGAUAUAAAAAAACUGAAGGAGGAGCUGAAAAGAAACAUUGAAGAAGAAAAAGAAGCAAUGAGAAGAAAAAUGGUGGAACAGAGAGAAGAAAUAGAGAAAGAGAGAAAAGAAUUAGCUGAGCAACUUAAAGAGAUGGAAGAAAACAUCAACAAGAAAAAAGAGCGGAAGAUGAAAAAACAGCAGAUAAGAGAAGAAGAAGAGAAGAAGAGAAAAGAGGAGGAGGAACAACAACAACAACAGUGGGAAACAGAACGACAAACUUUAGAGAAAAAGAUUAAGAUAGAGUCAGAAGGAAAGGAGACAACUGACAGAAAAAUGGAAGAGAUGAAAAAACAGAUGGAAGAAAAACGAGACGCCUGGGAAAAGGAAAGGAAGGAGUGGUGGGAAAAACGACAUCGAGAGGAUGAGGAGAGAAGAGAAGAACUGAAGAGGCUUCAAGAGAAGUUCGACAAAGAAAGAGAAAAAUAUGAAAAUAAAAUAAAAAAAUAUGAUCAGGAGAGAAUGGAAAAAGAAUUAGAGGAAAAAUAUUGCAAACAAUUGGAGGAAAUGAAGAAGAAGUUUCUAAAGCAGGCCAGAAAACAGGCUGAAGAAUCCAGCUCUAAGAAAUUUUAUAUGAAUACAACAGCAGAUCCUUAAAAUAAAAAAAGAAAUGUGAUGGUGAUAUAAAACUAAGAAUUGCUGGAAAAAAAUCAAUGUUCCAAAAAAAGAUUAAAACUCCAUCAAAAAUAAGAUGUGGACAGACUUAAUAUCCCCCUAUUUGAUCGAUAUUAAGCCAGACUCACAAGCUCUUCCAGGAGGAUCCAACACUCUGAACAGGCAGUAUGUGUCAAUUCAACUCAAACUAAUUAAUAAAAAAA